GGCACAUCCUGAUCUGCAGGUCUCGGAGAAAAUAAAGAGGAGAAGCAGGUUGACGUGUAACUAAAGUGUUGAUCAACUACUACGUCCGAAACCUUUGUAGUGCGUGCAGGACUGCGGACACGGAGGACACAAGCAGAAGUGGAAAGGCGUCUACGGUUUGUGGCUGGCCAGUUUGGAAUCAUACAAGAAAGUGCUGCCCAGGACUCAAAUGGAUCUUAAUGAAAUAAAUAUUUGAUGACCAAACCGGGGUAAAAGAUGAAGAAGGGUUUAGUAAAUGGCUUCAUCUUUGAGGCAUCAAUCCGAUUGCUGCUUUUGUUCCUGUUCAUUAUAACGGAAGAGCUCCCUCCAUUUAACCGCGAGAUUCAGCCGGAGGAGCUGUGGUUGUACAAAUAUCAUCAUGUACAGAACGACCAUGUACCCACCUCACUCAUGUUUAGCAUCGCCUGUUUCACACCGCUGGUAGUCAUAAUGCUGUUUGCCUUCCUGAAAAAGGCGGAGAAGGGAGACGUCAGGGAGGCCUCUUUAGCGGUGACACUGGCCUUGGUUCUAAAUGGGGUCUUCACCAACGUAGUCAAGCUGAUUGUAGGCAGACCUAGGCCAGAUUUCUUCUACCGCUGCUUCCCGGAUGGGCAGAUGAACCUGGAGAUGCGCUGCAGCGGGGACCCCGACGUGGUGAUGGAGGGAAGAAAGAGUUUCCCCAGCGGCCAUUCGUCCUUCGCCUUCACUGGCCUGGGCUUCACAGCGUUCUACCUGGGAGGGAAGCUCCAGUGCUUCAGCCCCGCCGGACAGGGCAAGGCCUGGAGACUGUGUGCCUUCCUCACGCCCCUCCUCUUCGCCAUCAUGAUCGCACUGUCCAGGACCUGCGACUACAAACACCACUGGCAAGAUGUGCUGGUGGGAUCUCUGCUGGGCCUGGUCUUCUCCUACCUGUGCUACCGACAGCACUAUCCGGCACUGAGCGACCCGGACAGCCACAGACCGCUGCGCGAACGAGAACACAUCCCAGCGGCCCAGGAGCGCAAGCAGGCUAGCUCUGGCUACAUCCUGCCCUUAUAGGGACGCAGGCUCACUGUCACAGGCGUGCUUCUGAAAGCCUCUGGCGGGGGCGGGGGCGGGGGCGGGGGG